UUCAAACCCAAUUGGGUCCAGAUGUUUUUUGGGCACCGACGGGUUACCGUCUCGGAAACUCUCAAUCAGACGCAAGCGAAAGGAGAAGAGGCAGUUAAUUAAAUAUUGAGCAGAAAGUCGCGUGGGGAGCGUGUCACGUGGUCCUUGAGGCUCGUCGAGCCUUGGAUAAAUACCGCGCGGCACCGAGCCGGCAAAAGAGCGCGCCGCAACUGCUUCCUCCACCGCCGGGGCCACCUCGAGUACCGAGCGCCCCGCGUGCGCUAGAGCUGCCGGAGGAACCCUGUGGGCCUGCCUGCCGCAAAAUCCAGCAUGAAAAUCCUCGUGGCCUUGGCCGUCUUUUUUCUUGUUUCCACUCAACUGUUUGCCGAAGAAAUCGGAACGAGCGAUGAUCUGAAUUAUUGGUCCGACUGGUCGGACAGCGACCAGAUCAAGGCUCUCAGGCUAUUGGCCCAAGGGAGCGCGCCUCGAGGGAACAGUGAGGAGCUGCCGGAGCCCUUUGAGCAUCUUCUGCAGAGAAUCGCCCGGAGACCCAAGCCUCAGCAGUUCUUCGGAUUAAUGGGCAAACGGGAUGCUGAUUCCUCAAUUGAAAAACAAGUGGCCCUGUUAAAGGCUCUUUAUGGACAUGGCCAGAUCUCUCAUAAAAGGCAUAAAACAGAUUCCUUUGUUGGACUAAUGGGCAAAAGAGCUUUAAAUUCUGUGGCUUAUGACAGGAGCGCGAUGCAGAAUUACGAACGAAGACGCAAAUAAACCACCUCAUGUGUAAUUUAUUGAGCCUCAUGUGGGUCAGUGGCCCAUGAAAGGUAACAUGACACCUGCACCAUGAGGAAUAAUUAUUUAUUUAAUAAUCAUUGUUUUGAGUGGAAAACUCAAAAAAACUUUAUUUUUCAUAUUGUGCCAAUACGUGCUGUGAAAGUAUAAUUCUAAUAUGACCCCCCUCAGACGUAGAAAUCAGUGGUCAUUUCUCAACAAAGCACAGUGUUCAGUGAAACAGAAAUAGGCUCUUCAAAGAAAGAAAUCAUCUUCGUUUCCUGGAAGCAGCCGCGUCAGCCACAGCUGAAGGAGAGGAACCUCACAGACAGGGUUGUGCUUCCUCUGUUUUCAUGGUGGAAAUGUGCUAAGAUUUGGUAUCAGAGGGUAUCCCUGCAGCAUGUGUCACGUGUUGUGACUUAUAUACAGGUGUUCUACAAGUUUUCACGUGAUUCUAUGGUCUUCAUUUCAUUGUAUAAUGUGUUGUGAUAGUUAACAUUUUAAAUAAAAGAAAAAAUAU